GCAGCACAGUUCAAUAUUUGAUCAGGGGCGGGUCUUAGUGUGCAAUGAACUCACCCGCCUGACUUGAACCCAUAAAAAAGUACUAAAGUUGAACUUUUAGCAGCAGCAGAGUAGAAAUCUCUCUGACUAAGAGGCUUAAAAUGGCAACUAUUCGUCGACGAAUCCCUUACACACCAAAAGCUCCUGUCAGACAGGGAAUAUACAGCCAGGCGGUGGUUGUGGACAGGACCAUGUACAUCUCGGGUCAGCUGGGGCUGGACGUGGCCUCUGGUCAGCUGGUGGACGGAGGAGUUCAGGCUCAGGCCAAACAGGCUCUCAUCAACAUGGGGGAGAUCCUCAAAGCUGCCGGCUGUGACUACACCAACGUGGUGAAGACUACUGUGCUGCUCAAAGAUAUCAAUGACUUUAACAGCGUCAACGAGGUCUACAAGACGUUUUUCCGCAGUAACUUCCCUGCCAGAGCUGCCUACCAAGUGGCUGCGCUCCCCAGAGGUGGACUGGUGGAAAUCGAGGCGGUUGCCGUCGUCGGUCCUCUCUCAGACUCCUGACUAACCAGCAGUAUCACAAACAAGCUGUAGUUCAGCUAUCAAGUGACCUUAUACAGUAGUUGUACUGUAGUAGCCUCAUGAUAUUUCCAUAUAACACAUGAAAGACCAAACUAGGAUCUUGUUGACUUUCUUUCUCUUUAUAUGCAGGUUUUAGUAUUCAUUGUUGCUCCACUGACCACUGUGGCUGGUUGAAUGCACUGCUGAAACAUUUCCAGUAUACCUCUGUAAAACCACUGAUCAUUAGAUUAAACCCCUAAAUAUCAGAGCAGCACUUAAUUUAACACCCUACAUACAUACUGUACAUGAAAUAGACGGUGAUGAUAAUGUGAGAUUGUACCUUUAUCACCAGGCUAACAUUACCAGGCCACAGUGGUUAGAUUCAGUGUCAGAUGGACUUCCUGUUGGAGGUGUUUCUGGUUUAGUAACUCAUCUGUUUUAUUCCAGAGAAAAUGAACAAACAUUUGCAAAGAAAAGCAGCUCUCACUAAUAAAUAAAUGCAGUAAAACCUCA